AUGAACAAAGCUAAAGUCUCCAGAUUUUCACAACUUGAUUUCAUUGAUUCAAAUAUUUGUUAUUUUUCUCUAAUAAAUUAAGCAUUGCUGCAAAAUUAAGAAACUCCAAAUAUCGUUUGCUCCUUUGAUAAUAUUAGAUAUAAUUUCAAUCUUUCGAUGGACGUUAAAGAUUCAAAAAAUACAAUAAUGAAAAAUCAACCAAGCGCCUAGAAUAUUUUUAACCAGAUUGAGCACCCAAACAACAAUUGGUUGUUUUGGGUAUUUAUCAACAUUAUUGGCAUAUAAUUGUGGAGUAAAUACAAAAAUGAACGGGCCAAAAGGGCUAUGUUAUAUACAAAAUAAAUAGUCAGUUCGAAUUAAUAAUUAAUUAAAGAGUUUAAAAUGCCAUAAAAGUAAACAAUCCUACUGUAUAUUAGAGGAUGGAUAAAUAGUUACAAUUGAUUAAGUAAAAGAUCUUAACAUAAUACAUUAAAUUGUAAUUAUUUUGGAUAUUGCAAAUCAAGAAUAAAUGUCGAAAUUGAUUUCUCAUAUAGAAUUUAAAAAGACUCUGGAGUAAUUUAAAACUUAAUAGAUAAAUUUAGUUGCUAUUUUUCAUUUGUCUCAUGACAUUUAAGAAGAAUACUAUAUUUACUUUAUUAAAAAUAUUCCAAUAUCAACCAUAUUUUCUGUAACUAUUAUAAGGAAAGUGAUGAUAAGAUUUGUUAAGCACAUAUAAAAAUCCAACCUUUAUCAGAACAUUUAUCAAAUUUUUUGCAUCAAAAAAUAUCCACUUAAUUUCCCACGCAUUGAAUGCUUAAAAUUAAAAAAUUUAAAUAAAUGUUUGGCUACAUUCCUCUUUUUGAAUAUUUAAUUCUCCCAGCUAAAUAAUAGGGUAUAAACCUGUUAGAAUUUUUAUAAUUCAAAAACUAUUAAUAAUAAUUUUAAUAAAAAGGAAUCCAUCAUAUCAAAUUAAUAUGUUAGGUAUAAAAAAACAAAAAUUUUAUUUGCACUUGUUCUAUGAAACCAGGAUAGUUUAGAAAUGUUUUUGGAAUUAUUUUUGUGAAUGAAAAUUGAAAUCUAAUAGUAUUUUAGAUUGUGGAGAAGGAACUUUUAAAUAGAUUCGCGAUGAAAAUAUAGUUCUUAAUGAUAAACCAUAAGUUAUUUGGAUAAGCCAUGCUCAUUGUGAUCAUCAUUGAGGGUUAUUACAAAUUGUUCAUCAUUUAAGUAAUUGCGAUAAUUAUAUAUAUUUAAUUGUGCCUGCAAUAAUAGUACCUUGGCUGAUGUUUUAAAGGAAAUUUUAGGAGAAUAAUAUAAUUGGAUAAUUAUUGUAUCAAAAUAAUUUGAUUAAGAUUUUAAAGAAGAUAUUAAUUAAUUAAAAAAGAUUAUUUUCAUUAAUAUCAAAUUAGGUAAGGUGAAUUAGUAUAAAUUUAAGAGUAUUAAAUUUUCAUUAAAAACUACGAAGGUUUUACAUGUUGUUUGAAGGAUCAAUUUGAAUUAGAUUCUAUAAAAUUUACUCGUGUUGAGCAUUGUCCAAAUUCUAUGGAGUAAGAUUAAAUCUAUCUGAUGGAAGAUCUUUAUCUUGUUCUGGAGAUACAAGACCAUGAGAAAGAUUUAUUAAAUUCUCAUAAAAUGUUGAUGUUCUAAUUCAUGAAUCCACUUUUACAUAUGAUUUACAGGAGAAUGCAAUUUAAAAUAUGCACUCUACAAAUUCUGAGGCUGCUAAAGUAUGCAUGCUUGCUGAUGCAAAAGUUAUUACAUUAACUCAUUAUUCUCAGAGAUAUUCAAGAUAGAUAGAAACUAAUUAAGAGAUUUUAGACAAUGAGAGAAUUAUAUUUUGUUGAGACCAUUUUGGAGGAUAUUUAAAUGAGUAUUGAUUAUCUAAUUAUUUAAAAAUGA